AUGUCACCAAAGAAAAAUGAUCCAAAACAAAAAGGUCUAAUUACUUAUUGGCCCACAAAAAAAAAAAAUGAAGGCAACAACACUCGACCAAAAAAGAAAUCAAGACAUAAUGAUGCUACCACAACUAAUGACACCACUGUUACUACUGAUAACAAUAAUAAUGAUAAAGAGAAGCCAAAACAACAAGAAGAACAAUUAGGUCAAGAUGAAGAAUUAUUAUCGUCGUCAUAUCAAGAAAUUGAUAAUAAUAUUGCUGCAAAAGUUGAUGUUGCUACUACUAGCUCUUCUAUUGCUAGAUCAUCAUCAUCAUCUUAUUCUGUUAGACCAAAAUUAAUUCUUCAUUAUGACAAUCUUAGCGAAGAAAAUAAAUUCCUUAUCGCAUUCGAUCUGAAUUACAAAUUUGGACCUUGUGUUGGAAUUACAAGGUUACAAAGAUGGGAUAGAGCAAACAAACAUGGACUGCAACCACCAUCCCAAGUUAAGGAAUUAUUAUCAGGAACCCGCGCCCCUAAUCUUAAUGAAUCUGUGUUCCAUGGAAGAAUUUAG